CUGUUCAAGAGCGUUGCCCGUCUACAGAGGAGAUAAAUUGCGCCUCCUUGGAUCUUGUCCUCGGUUGGAUCUACAAUAUCUUGACCACGAAAUGACAUAGUCCAAUACACAGAUUUCAUUGCUCACCCCGUCAUCGCUGUUUACCAUGCGCUUUCUCAUCCCUCUUGCGGCCCUCUUCACCCUGGGCAACGCCGCUGUCGUCCACGAGCCAGACGAGACAGUCAUUUUUGGGCAGGCCGGCCCCGACAACAAGACCUUCCGGCUUGGCUUCGACCUCGUCCCGGGCAGCUACCAAGUCGGCCACCACACCUGGUACAGCCCUUACAAGAUCACCAAAAUCACGUACUCUUCACCAGGAAACUUAGCAGCCCGCGAUGACCACUGCUAUGAGUCGGUCAAGAUCCAUGACCAGACCAACCUGCACUCACCCCAGAGCAAGGACUGCGAAGUCAUCUACGACAGGAUCGUCGACCCAGGCACUUGGACCGUUCUCAUGUGGUUACAGCACCAGCUCGUCGAAUAUCGAACCUGCGCCUACGGUGUCACCGCUUUCCGGAGCCGCAGCGGCAAGGCCAUUUUCGCCCAUAUUGGCAACGACGACAUCAGGGACGUCUUGAGGAGGACUAUCGAUAGCUACAGCAAGGAAUUCUCUCCUCAUGGCACAAGAGUCCAGUCAUGGGGCCAGUUUGUCUGUAAACCUUAUGAUGCCGAGGUGGAGUGGGAGAUUUAUUACCAAAAAGGAUUUCCCGAUGACGAAUAGUCAUGGGCCUGGGAGAGAGGGUUGGAUGCCUGAAGUUGAGUACCAGUCUUGAAUUAUGAUCUGAUGAGUUUGCGCACGAGCUAUGCAGUCGAAUAGAAAUUUUGGUUC